GCCAAGGCUACAAGCCAAAUUAUCACACAUACAAAAGGGUUGGAAGCAGCUUAGCUCUCCUUACUCCCAGCAGAGCAAACACCACUCCAUGUCCAUGGCACUGCAUCAAACCCUUCUCCUCCUCCUCUUCGUCUCCAUCGCCAUCCACCGCGCCGUCGCCCAGACCACCACCUCCACCGCUGUCCGCGGCGACGGCAACCGGUUCGUGACCUACUCCUUCCCCAGCUUCGCCAACGCGCUGCUCCACCUGCAGGCCAACCUCACGGUGCUCAACAACGCCAGCAUCAGCCAGGGCGCCCUCCAGAUCACCCCCGAUAGCAGCAACAGCGCCGACGGCUACCUCGUCAACCAGACCGGCCGCGUCUUCUUCUCCACCCCCUUCACCCUCUGGUCGCCGGCGGCUGGUGGUGGGGGCAAUGGCAAUGGCAAUGGCACCUAUGUCGCGUCGUUCAACAUGGUGUUCAGGGUGAACAUAUUCCGGACGAACACCAGCGACCCCGGCGAGGGCGUCGCGUUCGUCGUGGCGUCCGGGCUCGACCCGCCGCCUCCCGGCAGCUACAGCGGCUUCCUCGGCCUCACGAACGCGUCCACCGACGGCGACGACGCGAACCGGUUCGUGGCCUUGGAGCUCGACACGGUGAAGCAGGGGUACGACCCCGACGACAACCAUGUCGGCCUCGACGUCAACGGCGUCCGGUCGGUGAAGGCCGUGCCGCUGGCGCCGUUCGGCAUCAAGCUCGGCGCCGCCAACGCCAGCAACUUCUUCGUCUGGGUCGACUACGAUGGCACGUCUCGCCACGUGUGGAUGUACAUGGCCAGGUCCGACGACGGCGUGCCCAGCCCCAAGCCGCCGUCGCCGGUGCUCGACGCGCCGCUCGACCUCUCCGCGUUCGUCGCCGAGAAGGCCUACUUCGGCUUCUCCGCGUCGACGGGCACGCGGUUCCAGCUCAACUGCCUGCACAUGUGGAACAUGACGGUGGAGCUGCUCGACGACGGCAGCCGCUCCUCCGGCGGCGGCCAGACGCGGCGGAAGCUGGGGCUGGGCGUCGGCGUGCCGUGCGGCGUCGCCGCGCUCGCCACCGGCGCUGUGGUGGCGUUCCUGUACAUCAAGAAGAGGAGGCGCAGAGUCGGCGACGAUCCGGAGUCGCUGUCGUCGACGGCGGCGUUCAAGUUCAACAAGAGCAGCAUCAACCUGAGGAGCCUCGCCGGGACGCCCAAGGAGUUCGAGUACACGGAGCUGAGGAAGGGGACGGAGGACUUCGCCGCGAAGAACAAGCUCGGCCAGGGUGGCUACGGCGUGGUGUACAAGGCCGUCGUCGCCGGCGACAGCGACGGCGAGAGCGUGGAGGUGGCCGUCAAGCAGUUCUCGGCGGCCAACACCAAGGGCCAGGAGGACUUCCUCGCCGAGCUCAGCAUCAUCAACCGCCUCCGCCACCGCAACCUCGUCCGCCUUCGCGGGUGGUGCCAUCAGAACGGCGUGCUGCUGCUGGUGUACGACUACAUGCCGAACGGCAGCCUGGACAAGCACCUCUUCGGCGGCGCGGCGGUGGCGCCGGUGCUGAGCUGGGAGCAGAGGUACAACAUCGUCGCCGGCGUGGCGGCGGCGCUGAACUACCUCCACCACGAGUACGACCAGCGGGUAAUCCACCGCGACAUCAAGCCGUCGAACAUCAUGCUCGACUCCGCCUUCGGCGCCCGCCUCGGCGACUUCGGCCUCGCCCGCGCCCUCGACUCCGACAAGACCUCCUACACCGAGAUGGUGGGCGUGCCGGGGACGAUGGGCUACAUCGCGCCGGAGUGCUUCCACACCGGCCGCGCCACGCGGGAGUCCGACGUGUUCGGCCUCGGCGCCGUGCUCCUCGAGGUCGCCUGCGGCCGCCGCGUCUCGUUCGGCGCCGGCGGCGACGGCGGCGCCAUCGGCGGGUGCAGCCAGCUGCUGGAGUGGGUGUGGAGGCUCCACGGGGCCGGCCGCAUCCUCGACGCCGUGGACCCGAAGCUCGCCGGCGGCGCGUUCGACGCGGACGACGCCGACCGGCUCCUCCUCCUGGGGCUCGCGUGCAGCCACCCGGACCCCGGGGCGCGGCCCACCGCGAAGGCCGUCGUGCAGGUGCUCGCGCGCGCCGUGCCCGCGCCGGCCGUGCCGCCGUCCAAGCCGGCGUUCAUGUGGCCCGCGCUGUCGGGGGCGGACUGUGACGACAGCGACGGCGGCGGCGCCGGCGAGAUGUCGUCGAGGCACUCGGCCAGGACGACCAGCACGGAACAGACCAGCUCGACGUACUACGCGUCGUCGUCGUCCUACUCGUCCCACGGUUGCACACGCACGCAGGUGACGAGCAGCGGUGACGCCAUUGCUGACGAGACGAGAUAACAUACACAAGACCACAAGGUAGAUCCACCGGGCAACACGGUCUCUUUUUACAUCAAAGAAAAAAAUUGAUGACUGAUCCUGUAUGAGCCCUUUUUAAGGUAAUCCGUCUUAAGUAAAUCAUCCAGAUAUUAAUUCAGAUGUUUACCCUUUGCAACAUGACAACAUAUAUUCUAUUCCCUCUGUUUCUUUUUUAUGAUGUUGGUUAGUUCAACAUACAAGAAUGGAGGAAGUACUAGCUAGCAGGCAAUAAAUGUUGAAGCAUAUUCACAUAUGUGUAAAAUGUUGUUCUAAAGUCCUAGAAAUUUUCCAGUUGAAACAAGGAACAUUGAUUUCAAAACUCAUAAAUUUGAAAAUCUAAAAUAGAAACUAAAAUUUGUUCCUCUAUUUGAAUUACUUAAUAUUAAAUAAAUGAGAUUAAGAUAUCAUCUAAUUGAUGUGUGGUCGAUCUGAAGAUCGAUGUUUUAGUAUCGAAUUAAGUUGAAAUUCAAUGAAAUUGAGCAGUUGAAUUCAAAUUCCAAAUAGACACAUAGCAACUGAGUUUGUUGCACUAAUUAAUUUCCAAGCAUGCAAAUAAAAGUAUAAAUAUUCAUUUCUUUCCUUCGUUAAGAUCUAUUAUUAUCUCCUAGGAAGUAAUAUAAAUAUCACUACCAAUGUGAGAAAUAACAAAUCCAAUCACUACCAAUGUGAUCGUUUUCUAUAAUCCAAUUUAUCAUCUUUUUUUAUGUGUAGAUUUAAUUUAAGAUUGCUUGUUGUUUUACGCACAUAUAUGUGACAAAAUCAUCUACAUUGUCCUUUAUUAUUAUUUUUGAAAAUUCCUUAUAAUUAUAAGUUGAGGCCCUCUUUUAUUCACACAAUAGGAAAAAAAACAGGAAUGA